AUGACCAGCUCGGAGGUCAUGUCAGCAGUGCAACGGCACCUGUCGCGCGAAUGCAUUGUGAUCGUGGACUCGCUAAACUACAUCAAGGGCUUCCGGUACCAGCUAUUCUGCGUAGCGCGCGAGAUGAGCACGCCGCACUGUGUGAUCCAUUGCGCGAUUCCCAUUGAGGAGGCGCGCCGAAUCAACGACUCGAGGCAGGUACAGGGGUAUGAGGCGACGGUUUUCGAAGAGCUGGUGAUGCGGUAUGAGGAGCCGAACGCGGCAACCAGGUGGGACAGCCCGCUGUUCACGAUUAUCCAGCAUAUGAAUGACCCGAUCCCGUUCGACAAGGUGUGGGAUGCACCGGUUACGGGCGGGAACUACCUGUUCGAGUUCGACCGGGCCACUCAGGAGGUUAUUACGGCAGUGCUGGAUGCACAAAAGUCAGGGGUGCCCAUGUCGGAGAUCGCAGCGCCGGGAUCAGGGACGAAGGUGCAGAUGCCUGGUCGCAAUGUCACGCUGGCUGAACUGCGGCGGCUGCGGAGGCAGUUUACGAAUCUGAAUCGCAUGGCUACACCCAAGAUCGAUCGUGUGCCAGAGCUAUUUGUCGACUACUUGAGUACCAAUCUCUGA